UAGCUUCUUUCCUACCAGCCGGAUCGCUGCUUUCUUCUUUUCUAAAUCGGCACAUGGAGAGCUUCCUCGUUCUUUUUUUCUACAGCGGCACAGCUGUCCUUUGGAGUUCUUCCCGGUCACCGACGUCCUAGCGCCUGACUGCGUUGGACCACACGCCUGUGUCUCCUCCCUGAGUCUGGUGGUCUGCCCCUGGAGUGGUCAGCUCUGCUGCCGACAUGCCCACCCAGCUGGAGAUGGCCAUGAGCACCAUGAUCAGAGUGUUCCACCGCUACUCCUGCAGGGAAGGGGACAGGUUCAAGCUCAACAAGGGGGAACUGAAGCUGCUCCUGCAGCGCGAGCUCACGGAAUUCCUCUCGUGCCAAAAGGAUCCCCAGUUGGUUGAUAAGAUAAUGCAGGACCUGGAUGCCAAUAAGGACAAUGAAGUGGAUUUUAAUGAAUUCGUGGUCAUGGUGGCAGCUCUGACAGUUGCUUGUAAUGAUUACUUUGUGGAACAAUUGAAGAAGAAAGGAAAAAAAGAUAAGUAGUAAGCUAAGCUGAAGGUGGAACUGUAUCCCAAGUUAGUUACUUGUUCAUUCCUAUCCUCCAGACCUGUGGUUACAGUAAUGCCCUUUACAGAGAUAAUAUACAUAUAUUUAAUUGCCAAUACUGUUAAAUGAUGUACACUUUAAUAUAUUGACUUUAAAUAAAUAUUCCA